AUGACAACCCUGGAGGAGAUUGCAAUCGAUGUUGAGGAAACAGACCUAGAUCCAAAUCAAGACCUCUCUGCCAUCGCAGACGGAGAUGCUCUCGACCGACCGGUGCGCCAACCUCCGAGCGCAGCCGCGGUCAAAAUAAAUGUGGAGGGUGCGUUCAUCGUCGAUGAUGACGAGAUCGGCGACCGGAAUGGCGUGGGGAGCGAGCAUGUGCAUUGGGAACAUAAAGACAUUCGCCUGCCCCAUCACACCGAUGUAGUGAGCCAUGUUGCGGUAGAUAUCGGUGGCUCCCUCGCCAAACUCGUUUACUUCUCCCGCGAGCCCGGGUCCAGAGAUGGCGGUGGCCGCCUGAACUUCCUCAACUUCGAGACCGACCGGAUCGAUCUGUGCAUAGAUUUCAUUCACGAGCUGAAGAUCAAGCAGUCCAAACUUAAUGGGUCGACGCCCCAGCAAUUAUGUGUGAUGGCCACGGGAGGAGGUGCAUUCAAAUUCUACAACCGCAUGAAGGAGGUCCUACACGUCGAUGUGGUGCAGGAGGACGAGAUGGAGUGUCUCAUCAUCGGCCUCGAUUUCUUCAUCACGGAAAUACCACAAGAAGUCUUCACCUACAGCGAAGAGGAGCCCAUGCAAUUCGCAGAAGCACGCGCCGACAUCUAUCCCUACUUACUGGUCAAUAUAGGCUCAGGUGUGUCUAUGGUCAAAGUGUCCGGACCCCGAGAAUUCGAGCGAGUGGGUGGUACGUCGCUGGGAGGUGGCACAUUCUGGGGUAUUCUAUCUCUGCUCACCGGAGCAAGAACAUUCGACGAAAUGCUGGCAUUGGCCGAAAGAGGAGACAACAGUGGCGUGGACAUGCUUGUGGGAGACAUCUACGGCACGGGUUACAGCAAGAUCGGCCUCAAGAGCACCACCAUUGCCAGCACAUUUGGGAAGGUGUUUCGGAUGAAACGCAUGGCGGAGAGAAAUGCGGAAGACGGCGAAGGACUCUUCAAUCGAGAUCCGCGCGGCGACGGCGAGGAAGAACAAACGGAAGAAGGAUUCAAGAUCCAGGACAUGGCGCGGAGUUUGCUCUUCGCGAUUUCCAACAACAUCGGACAGAUUGCUUACCUGCAGUCGGAAAAACAUGAUCUGCAACACAUAUAUUUCGGAGGCUCAUUUAUUCGGGGACACACGCAGACGAUGAAUACAUUGUCGUAUGCCAUCAAGUUCUGGUCCAAGGGCCAGAAACAGGCGUAUUUCCUCAGGCAUGAGGGCUAUUUGGGUUCGGUGGGAGCGUUUCUGAAGCGGCAGCCGAAGAACUGGGGUCGGCGGAACAGCUUUGAAGAUACGAGUUCGCGACUGGGAAAAGUCUUGACCCGAGAUUAA